AUGGUGUAUUUGACGUGUGUGACCUGCGAAGUGGACCGAAAUCAACAGUGUCGAUCAGGUAAGUAAGGACACAUUCCUGUCCAGAGAAAAAGGGGGAUGGAAAGGAGUAGUGCCUGUUUUUAGGCGGUGGCAAAUAAGCAGCAUAGGCCUUAUUUUAAUAUUGUUGGAUAUGUUUUUCAAAUGAUUUGACUCCUUCGCGACGCAUGAUGGAAAAUUUCCGUCAUGCUUGUCCUACCGUUAAAAACGCAUUUGGAAAAUUUCCGUCAUUUACUCAAGUUAACCCCAGAUCACCACAAUCGAUUGCGCUGUCCUUGCAGCUGUGAUCACUCUGACAGCCUGUCAGAGCGAGCACAUGUACUGCAGGGAUUCCUGAUACACCUCCCUGCUCUUCUGCAUUCAGUGUGAAGUGCAGGGAGAUGGAUCAGUGCUGCUGAUCUUCUCCCUGUUAAAAAUAAAUAAAUAAUUUAAGUUAAUUCCCACACCUCUUUUACUCAUCUUUAUUAAAAUUAUCCCCUUCCCUGCCAUUUGAUCAUUGACUACAGUGAUCAAAAUACAGAUCACAAUAUUUUACUGUGAUUUGAUUUUUUUUUAACCCUUGAGGGCUAAUUUUUAUUUUUUUUAACCCUCAGGGGUUAAAUAUAUUUAAUUAAUUAAUUAAUAAAUUAAUUAAAAUAUAUUUAAAUUAUAUAUUUAGCCACCAGUGGUGGAACAAGUCCAUCUUUUUCUUACUUUUUCUGUGUUUUAAUUUUAAUUUUAUUUAUUAUAGGGAUGUUGGUGUACACUGUAAAAGGUCUGAAGUUGAAGCAAAAAUAGACAGAUAUACAGUCUUUUAAAAUAGGUUCAAUUAAUGCACAGGGAUUAAAUGCUCAAUGUAAAAGGAGUUUUUUGUAUGAGACAUUACAAAGGAAUAAGCUUGAGAUAUGUUUCCUUCAAGAAACUCAUCGUAAAGACGACUCAGAGAUUAAAUGGAAAUAUUCUAACUAUGAAAUUAAAGGAUAUUCUUCCUUAUUAAACCAUGAAAAGAGAGGUGUGGCAAUUAUUAUGUUGUCCAAGAUCAAAUAUGAUUUAUACUUGAACAAAAAGAUCUGCCUGGAAGGUACUUAAUUCUGAUCUGUAAAACUGAAGAUAAAAUAUACACCCUAGUAAAUAUAUACACACCCGUAACUUUUUUUCUAAAAGAUUUAAAAAAAUGUUUUUUGAUAGAUUGGAAGAAAUAAAAAAAAUGAGUGCUAUAGCUGGCGAUAUGAAUAUAUUUUCUGAUGCACUAAAACAAAGAAGUAACAAUAAGAUAAAAAACAAAUCAUUGAGAGUGGUUAAGAAAAAUUUUUAUGUUUUUCUAAACUUAUUGGGGCAAUAUAAUUUAUUUGAUAUCUGGAGGGUUCAUAAUCCAAGAGAAAGAGUUUACCUAUUUUUCAAAGGUACACGGGUUGUAUUCUAGAAUUGACCUAUUUAUGACAAAUACUCAAAGUUUAAAAAAUUAUUCUAAGUUGAAAAAUAGACGUAAUAUCAUGGUCAGACCAUGCACCUAUUUUAGUUACCAUGGAAAAAGAACACACUUUUAACGAAUCCUCCUCAAGGAUACUCAACGAGACUCUAUUAACAGAAGAGAAUACAAAAUAUUUAACCAACAUUGUCAAAGAUUUUUUUUACUAUAAAGUGUCAGAAUCAACACUAUGGUGUACUUUCAAAUCAUAUAUGCGUGGCUUUUUUAUUAAACUAGGAGCUGAAAAGAAAACAAAACAAGGAAAACAAUUAAACAAUUUGUAUAUUUUAUUGUCACAAAAAGAAAGUGGAAAAAAAAAACUCACAUAAGCUUAGUGAAGAUAUUAAAAAAAUUCAGAUCGAAAUCAAAGAAAAAAUUGAGAUUAAAUCCCAGAAUGCAUUAAGUAAAUUAAGGCAAUAUUGGUACUAUCAAGAUAACAAAACAGGGAAACUAUUAUCAAGUAAGUUAAAAUCUAUCAAAAAAAAUAAAAUAAUGAAUAAAAUAAAAGGUAAUAACAUUUGCCUUUCCCCUAAAUAAAUAGGUCAGGCCUUUUCCAACUAUUAUGAAUCUUUGUAGUAAAAUAAAGUGAUAGUUCUGUGAUAAAAGGCGCUUAAAAGAAGUGGAUUGCAAUACAAUACACAGCAAAGUGGUAGCAGCUCACACACCAAAGAUAGGCACUCUCCAACCUAUUAACAAUCGAAUGUGUACAAAAAACGCUAUUGUGCAAAUAAAUGCCAAAUAGUGCAAAAUGUGGAGCGCUAUAACAAUAAAAUGAACACUUACUCCUGUGAUUCUCAGGAGAUAUAGGUGGUUAUACAACCCUUCUUUGCAGCAGCAUGACUAGUGAUAUAUUCAUGCUGCUGCAAAGAAGGGUUGUGUCACUCUAUAUUUGACACUACAUCUGCAUACCAAUUGUUAUCUAUAUUUGAUCAUCUAUUAUACCAAGGAUUUCUACACCAGGGUUAGCAUUGCUUCCCUGUUUUCUCUGUUUUUGUUUCCAUUUUGAGUACCUAACAUGGAUGUAUAAGGACUUCCUUAUAACCACCUAUAUCUCCAGAGAAUCACAGGAGUAAGUGUUCAUUUUAUUGUUAUAGCGCUCCACAUUUUGCACUAUUUGGCAUUUAUUUGCACAAUAGCGUUUUUUGUACAUAUUAUGAAUCUUUAUAUAAUCUUCCUGACACCAAGUUAACAAGGGAGCAGAUGAAUUGUUUCCUUAAUAAAAUAUCAUUGCCACGAUUAUCACAUGAUAGACUUUUUAAAUAAACCAAUAAAGCUUGAUGAAAUAAAAACAGCGAUCCAAAAUUUGCAGUUGGCCAAGCACCUGGCCCAGAUGGUUAUUCAAGAAUUUUUUCAAAACCUUUAUUGAACAAAUUUCUCCUGCCCUAGAAAAUCUAUUUAAAGAAGUUCAAGAGCAAAAAACAUUCCCUGAAUAAAUGUUCAUUCCAACUAUUUCUCUCAUUCCAAAACCUGGAAAAGAUUCCAAUUUUGUUUCCAAUUACCGUCCAAUUUCUUUGAUAAAUACGGAUAUUAAAAUGUUCUUUAAAAUUUUGGCAGAGAGACUGAAGUCAGUGAUCUCAGAUAUAAUAAGUCGAGAUCAAGUUGGAUUUAUUACUAACAGGUAUGGAAGUGAUAAUAUCAGCACUCUGAUUAAUAUGAUUUCCAACAUUAACAAUAACCAUAUUCCAUCUGCUUUUAUUACUUUAAAUGCUAAAAAAAGCAUUUGAUUGAGUCAAUUGGAACGUUUUAUAACAGGUUUUGGACAGAUUUGGGAUGACUGGUUCAUUAAAAGACUUGGUUAUGAAUCUAUAUACAAGUCCAUCAGCUAAGAUAGCAGGAUAUGGGACAAUAUCAGAUUGGUUUAAAAUAAAUAACGAGACCCAUCAAGAUGGUCCACUUUCUCCUUUAUUAUAUAUCCAGUCCAUUGAACCGCUAGCUGCACUCAUUAGAGAGUCAAAUAAAGUCUCUGGAAUCCCCACGAUAGUAAGGGAAAGUAGACUCUUAUUAUACGCUGAUGAUAUAAUACUUACUCUUAGCAAUUUAAGUUCAGUUCCAGCUACUUUAGAUAUCAUUAAAGAAUUUGGGUUUUACUCGAAUUAUAAAUUAAAUCUGAAUAAAACGCAGGUUAUUUCUACCAAUAUUACAGAUGAAACGAAGGAGUUCCUCCAAACAACAUAUUUUUCCUGGAACAAGGAAACAAUCGAUCAUUUGGGCAUUGAGUUAUACUUUGAUGUGGAUAGGAUCAGGGGCGGACUGACCGGUCGGGCACUUCGGACACGGUCCGAGGGCCCGGCCGGGAGGGGGGCCCGCCGCCAGGGCCGCCUUCAGGGGGCCCGGCGGCAGGGCUGGAUUGGGGGCGGCAUUUGGGGACUGCAGGUGCCACCGGGUGGCCGGCCCGGUGGCACACUGUGAGGGGGGCAGCCGGCCGUUUGAUGCUGCAGCUGCCGGACCGGGUGGCAGCCUCGCCGGUCCGGCGACAUUCCUCCUACUAACGCUGAAGAAGGAGGAGGAGGAGGAGCAUGUGUCUGUCAUGCUCCCUGCGGUUCCCACAAUUCCCAGCACAGGAUGUGGGAACCGCAAAGGAGCAUGACAGACACAUGCUCCUCCUCCUCCUUCUUCUUCAGUGUUAGUGAGCGGAAUGCCGCCGGACCGGCGAGGCUGCCACCCGGUCCGGCGGCUCUAAAAUGAAACGGCCAGCCCCCUCUGACUAGUAAGAGGGGGGAGAGAUGGGGAGGGGGGAGAAAGAGAGGGGAGAGAUGGGGAGGGGGGAGAAAGAGGGGGGACAUAGAGAUGGGAAAGGGGGAGAAAGAGGGGGGAACAGAGAGAUGGGGAGGGGAGAAAGGGGGGGCAAUAAAGAGAUGGGGAGAAAGAGAGGGAAGAAUGAGACACGGGGAGAAAGAGGGGGAAUAGAGAGAUGGGGAGGGGGAGAAAGAGACAGAGAGGGAAGAAUGAGACACAGGGGGAAUAGAGAGAUGGGGAGGGGGGAGACAGAGAGGGAAGAAUGAGACACGGGGAGAAAGAGGGGGAAUAGAGAGUUGGGGGAGGGGGGAGAAAGAGAGGGAAGAAUGAGACACUGGGAGAAAGAGGGGGAAUAGAGAGUUGGGGGAGGGGGGAGAAAGAGAGGGAAGAAUGCCCCCCCUCCCCUGUCCGCAGGCACCGUGCGGGCAGGGGAGGAAGAGAGGACCUGGGAGCUCACCCUGCAGCUCCUCUGGGUCCUUCUUGCGCGAGCACAGAGCGUUGCCGCGGUUACCAUGGCAACGUUACUGCUCUUGCGAGAGUCAACUCUAGCCCUGGAGCUACGGGCUAGAGUUCACUCUCAACACUGUAACCCCCAUGGAUUCCUGGUGGUCGCAGUGGUGAGAGUGAACUCUAGCCCCAUAAACACACUGCCCCCACACACACACCAUACACAUUCACACACUGCCCCCAUACACACCAUACACAUUUACACACAUUGCCUCACACACACACAUACACUGCCCACCCAUAUACACACAGACCCCCAUACACAGCCCCCCAUACUAACAUUGCCACACACAUACACUGCCCACACACCCUACACAUUCACACACUACACCCCCACACACACACUGAACCUUUCACACACAUUGCACCACUGCUCCUAUUCCCUACUACAGCCUCAUAUCCCAGCAGACCCCAGGUAAGUUGUCAAACUGUUCUUAAACGGUUUGACUACUUACUCUGGAGCAGUAGUGGUUAUUGUGCAUGGAUUAUUUCUUUAAAUAAUCUACAAGUGCCCCAGUAGCCAGCCAGCCAACCCACAGGCUGGCCAGUAGCCAGCCAGUUAGCCAGCCCACAGGCCAGUAGCCAGCCCACAGGCCUACAGCAAGCCACAGGCUUACAGCCAGCAAGCCACAGCCUGCCACAGCCAGCAAGCCACAGCCUGCCAGCCGCAGUCAGCAAGCCCACAGCCUGCCGGCAGUAGCCAGCAAGCCCACAGCCUGCCAGCCGCAGCCAGCAAGCCCACAGACUGCCAGCCAGCAACAGUAAUUAAGGUAAGAGGAGCCAACUUGGCUUAGGUAUCAGCGAGCUAUGUUGUGUUGCUAUAUUGUGAAUAGGAACCAGAGUGUUGGAGAGACCACCCUCCAGGCCCCAUUAGACUCUAGCCUCUGCUAGAAAUCCCCUCCAUGGCCCAUUAGCCCUCAAUUGUAGUUUCUACUGGGGCCUGGAGGCGACUGUUUCCAGCAGGGGAUAUCUAAUGGACGCUGAGAUGGCCUCUGUUAGAAAGACCCCCUUCCAAGCCUUUUAGACUCUAUUGUAGUCUCUAAUGGGGCUUGGAGGGGAUUCUAUCUAACACACUCUCUAAAGGACACUGAGAUAGCCUCCGCUAGAAAGACCCCCCUCCAUGGCCCAUUAGCCCUCAAUUGUAGUCUCUACUGGGGCCUCGAAGGGCUUAUUGCCCUUUUGUUCCUUGUGUCUAAAGAUUGUGUAGGGUGUGGCUGGAGGCGGUGCAUGGAGGCGGGACAAGGGUGGCGCUUGCUGCAGAGUAUGGGUGGGGCCUGUAAGGGGGCCCUUGAUUUAUUUUGCCCGGGGGCCCUGAGGGUUCUCAGUCUGCCCCUGGAUAGGAUAGUGCCCUUAAAUUAUAACAAUCUCCUAAAAGAAAUUACAAUUAUUUUGGACUCAUGGAAUAAAGCUUGAGUUUCAUGGCUGGGGAAAAAUAAUGUUGUGAAAGCUUACAUAAUGCCUAAAACAAAAUAUGUAAUGAGAAAUAUUCCUAUAAGAAUUCCAGUUAAAAUAUUAAAACAUUUUCAUAAUUUGAUGUGGAAUUAUGUAUGGGAUAAAAAGAAGGCUAGGAUUUCUAAGACAAAUAUGAUGAGAAAAUCAGAUGAAGGUGGGAUGUCUUUCCCUGAUUUCUUUCUUAUUUCUAAUUCUAUAAUGUUUUCCCAUUAUCGAGUAUGGAACACAGUUGGUAAAAACCCACCAUUAAGGUAUCUAUACCAGAAAUCAUGUUGUAACUUAAUGUGGAUAUACUUCCCGAUGCUCUGCCUUACUGCCGAGCACCACGUGGAGCAACCCGGAAGUGGGGAUCGAUCACCUGGCGGCCCAGCAGUGAGGGGGGGGGGUUAUUUCAGGAUGCCAUUGACAUUGAGGCAUCGCUGCAUUACCGUUAGAGCAGCUGGAAGCGACUAUGAAGUGUUUAGGAAGGUUUGCAAGUCACAUGCAGGGAGGUGUGACAAGGGCUGUAAAAAGAAAGUAAUUAAAUUAAAUUACAAAGAAUUAAGCAGUGAGACUGCACGAGUCAAUACGGCUCAUGUGUGAUGUAAUUUCCGGUUGACACUGUCUAUGUGUAUGUUGUGCCGGAACCACUAAAACGUCCAUAUUGGAGGUGAUCAACAUCGCCCUAAAUGUAAUUAUAGUAUCUAAAAACUCAACUAAACUUAAAAUUAACACACACAGGACCAUUGAUAACAUAUACAUAACACCCUUUACCACAUAUUUAAAUAUUGUAAUAUGGUGAUAUGUGCUUAAAACUGCAACAAGGUGAAAUACCAUUAAUGAUAGGGAGCAAGGAAAUACUUUAUUUAUGGUAUAUUGACAUAGGGCCCAGCAAGGUGGAUAUAACCCUUAUGUGGGAAAUAUUCUUAUAAGAAUAGUAAAAAUCUAUAAAAUUAAAUAAAUAAUAGAACAGAAAAUACAUACAUAUACCUUAAGCAAAAGAAAAAAAAACAUAUAUUAUAAAAAAUUAGCAAACUCAAAAUUCAAAUUUAACCCAUCUUAUUCAAAAAUCCAUUUACUUUCCACCUUGCUGAGCUCCCUAAAAUUGUCUUCCCCUCUCCCCUCUCUCUUUUUCUUACAGUUAGCCAUAAAGCACAAAACCGAUGAAUCUUUAUUAUGCACUUCAGUAAAAUGGGCUGAUACACUGUGUUUGGUGUACCUCCUCUAGAUAUUCCCCAUGUGUUCCAGUAUGCGUGUUUUUAAAUUCCUUGUUGUCAUACCCACAUAUUGUAAGCCACAGGGACACCAGAGGAGGUACACCACACUGGUAGAGUGACAGGUCAGAAUGUCUUGAAUUUUAUAUCUCUUUUUGGAAACGUGAUUCAAUUUCGUCCCGUUUCAAUUUUUUAAAACAUGUUCUCCUACAGGCUGUACACAUUUUGCAGGGGUAAAAUCCUUUCUGUAAAUGAAAAACAUUCUCUAAGGGUGGAUCCUUAAGAAAACUUUUUACUAAUUUAUUUUUAUUAUUUUUAGCCCCUCUAAAAACUAUAUUUGGUUCUUACCCUAAGAAUUCUCUUAACUCUUUGUCUGUUUUAAGGAUAUGCCAAUAUUUUUUAAAAAUAUGUUUUAAUUUGCCUAGAGUCCCCAUUAAAACCAAAAUGAUGGGGAUCCCACUAGGGUUAGUUUCCUUCCUCAUCAACUUUUUGGGGUUAUCCUUUUUGUAUGUUAAAAGAUCUUCCCUGUUGAGACUUUUAAUAUAUGAAAAGGAUAACCCCAAAAAAUUGAUGAGGAAGGAAACAAAUCCCCAUCAUUAUUAAUAACCACACCUCUCUUUCCACUAUCAUUAUUCAACCAAGUGCUAGUGUAGAGGCUAGUUUUGUGACAGAUUCAACUGCCACCAAUGCAAAUUCACCCACAUUGUCAUCAGCCACAAUGUGGUGGGUUGAGGUGCCAAAGCAAAGUUUGACAUUACCUUACAAGAUUUCCAGAAGAGUAAAUUUCAAAUUGUGCAUCAAGAAAGUGAGUAAGGUGGAGAGUUAAGGGUAAUAUCUGUAGGUCCUGUAUGAACCAACAUCUGCAAAGACACCCCAUGUCUGUAUCACUGAGGGAAGAGCAGAAAGAGAAAUAGGGCCAGCAGUAGGUAAACUGGUACAGCAUCUGAUUCUGCACAGCCAAUGACUACCAUUAAUAUCUCUUACACGAUUUAGGCAGGCCAGGAGAGAAGUUGAGCCUAGUUGCACUAGAUGACAGGGACAGAUGGACUCCCAGUCUUCAUGAUCCCAGGAGCAUUUCCACCAGGCCACUUCUGAACAUUUAGUUGGAUUUCAUACUAGGGGCAUGUAAAGACAGCAGGAUAACAAAAUUGCCCACGUAAUUGCCCAGAUAAUCAUUGUAUGGGGAGCCUCCUUUUCCAUGAAAGAAGGGAAUUUCUUUGAGCAGCUGAUACAGGCCCUUUCUCUGCAAUAUGUACUUCCCUCAUGAUUUACUUUCAGCAUGACCAUAGCUCCAUAACUGUACUGCUACUCUUACUUAAGGAGCAGUUGGCUAAGGCUGUUGGUCAGUGGGUGCACUUCACCACAUGUAUAUGGAGUUCUUCUAGUACUUCUAGUGGUUAGAAUGUAUACCUCUCCUUGAUGGCACACAGGUGGUUGUAGUGGAGGAGGUCCAACCUUAGCAGCAUAUCAUCUGUAGGGAAGCAGGGAUAUAAAUCUCUCUUGCUACAUGCUGAAGUGAUGGACAGAAAGCAAAUUUCAGUAAACAUAGAGCAGGCAAUUCGAGGAAUGGGAUCAUAUUUGUAGCGAGACGAGGCAGGCACCAAUCUGCAUGUUUGGUUCAUGAUCACUGACAGAACUGCUAACAUGGUCUGCGACAAGUUUCCUUUGUAGGUGUUCCCUGUUCUGCACACAUUGUCUAUCUUACACAGCUGUCCAAUGUAAGAAAGUGUUUUCUGAAUACCCAGCACUUGCAACCCUCAACUAAUGGAACAAACAGCUGUCCUCAAUUUCAAUCUUGUCCAUACCUUUUAUAUGUGCUGCUGUUAGAGAUUCAUUCACACUUUUUUUGUGCCGAGGACAUGAUUUGAGAAGCAGAGAACUGACCUUUUUCAUCCUUGUUUGUUCAUAUCGUUCACUGGUGUGAUGUUGUCUGACUAAAAACUGACAGCUUUCUUCGCAAUCCAAUGCUGUAAUGCCAAAAGAGCUAUGAAAACAGCUUUCAUCUCUCUGUUAAUGGAUGAUUGAGCUGCUUCCUCUGCAGACCAAAUGACCUGGCAAAAGAUGUGUAUAGGGAUACACGGCCCAGCUGAACUUUGAGGAUCUGUUGUAAAAGUGAGUCUUACCCUUGACAGGAAGGAUAAUCCUAGGGAUGGGAAUGUUGAUGCUUUCCACCAUUUCAGUUGCUCAGAACGCUGGUGGACAGAUUGAAUUCUCCAUCUAUAUCGUCCCUUGACCAAUUUCUUAGAAUCUCCUACAGAAGCAGACUUAUAUCUGCUUUUUUUCUGCCAGAAUGGAGAGCACAUAGAAUACACAGUCUUCCUGAUUGAACAUGUUGGCUCUUUCUGAAGAAAAUAUUUCCGCUCUUUUGAGCAGGCAGGUAUAGAGAGAGUAGUUGAUUCCACUAAAAGACCCAGGAGCUGAAUCUUUUGUAGUAGGUGAAAGUUGAGACUUCUUCUAGUUGAUUAUCCAACUCUGGUCUUGUAACAUUGGAUAAAAAUACAGGAUAACCGCGCCUAUCAUAAUUAGUGUAUUAAAAUAACUUAAUAACACAUUGGUGCAGUAUAUGAAGUUAAAGGUAUAGUCCAGGCACCCAGACCACUUCUGCCCAUUGGAAUGGUCUGGGUGCCAACUCCCACUACCCUUAACCCUGCAAGUGUAAUUAUGUCAGUUUUCACCUUGCAAGGCUAAGUUCUUAGAACACGAAAAGUGCUUCAAGCAACGCUGGAUGUCCUCACGCUAUGUGAGGACCUCCAGUGUCGCCGAAAUCCCCAUAGGAAAGCAUUGAAUAAUGCUUUCCUAUUGGGAUGUUUUAAUGUGCGUGCGCAGCCAUUUUGCGCAUGCGCAUUAGGUUUCCCUGCUGGCUGACGUUGGCGGGGAUGGACAGAAGGCGGAGCCUGACCAGAGCAGAAGGACAUCGCGCUGGACUCCAGUAAGUCACUGAAGGGGUUUUACCACUUCAGCAACUUGGGAUGGGGGGUGGGAGGGAGAGGGGCACUACAGGGUCCUGCAGUGCCAGGAAAACUUAUGUUUUCCUGGCACUGGAAAAUCCCUUUAAGAUACAUACAGGUUGUAAAUACAAAUAUUAGCACAAUAUAGGAAACUAUAAAGUGCAUAUAAAGUGUGUAAAAGAACACUCCAAGAGCUAUGCCGGUAUUGGCGUGGACGGUAUAAUCCCUGUCUUAGGAUAUAGGCUGAUCACAGGCCUUUAUCUCACACAUCUGUUUUAUGAGCUCUUCUAAUUGAGCAUCAAACAAGUUAUUUAUUUCUAAAGGUUAUUUGCACAAUGCAGAUUUUGUUUCACAGACUUAUCUGUACCUGAUGAAAGCACCACUCCCCUACUUGGUCUGUGUGAGCAGAAUCCUAGAUGUGGCCGCAUUGUCUGAAUAGCUAAUAAUCACCUUUGAAUAAAAUUGCUCCACAUCAUCUCUGCAACUCCUAACAGCAUUGGGUCACCUAGGUGACGCGGUCCCUUUAAGAGUGUGACGUCAUGCUUGUUUUUUUGUGUAUCCAUAUCUUUGUACUUUUGACCUUGGCUAUUCCUGACCUUGAUUCUUGUAAUGAACCACCUGUAUUUUGUAUAAUACGUUUGUUUGCACACUCAUGAACUGCUCGAGGCUUGAGUGAUUAUAGCCCGUUCGCAUAGUACGCUAGUCCGUACUCUCCCAAAAUCCAAGCAGGUCGAGAAGUUUCUUUGAAGUUAAAUGAGCCAGGGGGCUAGUCUGUGUUCGGUAGCUCAAUCUACCGAAUGUAGGGAAAAUAACUGGGACAAGGAAAUACAGGGUUUUGUCACAAUUAUCUCUUGUAAAGUGUUACAACCACCCACUCUAAGGCCCUGUAAUAUGACUUUUGGGCCCUAACUUUGUCGGUAUCCUUUUUACUGUGUGUAAGGAUAAGGGCAACUGUGACGUUUUGAUGCUGAAUCUGCCGUCCAUGACCUGAGCCACAAUGGCCUUCAGGUAACUGAAGACAAACCCAUAACAUGAGCAAACAACUACUGUCGACAUAUCAAUCAAAAAUGAAUUCACCAAUCUUUUUGCGCUAGAUCCUUCUAACACACAUGUGCAGUAGUGCGGACUGAACUUUUGUGGAAUGCAAGGCGAGAGGCGAGAGGAACUUUCUAUAUCCAAUAAAGUAACCCUGCAAAAAAAACCUUAAUACAAUUGAUAAAAAAAACAAAAACUCCUACUAACCAUAUAAAUGCUGGCGUCCCAAAAUCACUUUCAGUUCUUUCUUCUCCUAGUCUGUAAAGCUAAUUUUUCUAUUUUCGAACCAUGUGCAGUUACUGUGCAGUGGUUUUUAUGCUGAGGUUUCCAGCAAUUGGCAGAUAGGCAGUACCGGGUGGCACGCCAAUCAGUAAGCAGGUUCUGAGCCUGCGUUCUGUAGUGGAACACAUGCCCGAGAGGGGCAUGUGUUCCACUACAGAACGCAGGCUCAGAACCUGCUUACUGAUUGGCGUGCCACCCGGUACUGCCUAUCUGCCAAUUGCUGGAAACCUCAGCAUAAAAACCACUGCACAGUAACUGCACAUGGUUCGAAAAUAGAAAAAUUAGCUUUACAGACUAGGAGAAGAAAGAACUGAAAGUGAUUUUGGGACGCCAGCAUUUAUAUGGUUAGUAGGAGUUUUUGUUUUUUUUAUCAAUUGUAUUAAGGUUUUUUUUGCAGGGUUACUUUAUUGGAUAUAGAAAGUUCCUCCCCAACUGGUUCUAUACUGCCACUAUAUGUUAGGACAAAAAAUUCAAUUAAAAUAGAAGAGUGUGAAGUCACGUUUUGUAAAUGAUUCAAAACUGUUAAAAAUAUUUCCAAAUAAUUUUUCUACAAAAAUGUCUAUAGUGUGAAGAGACUGUCUCUGCAGUAUAAAAGGCAUUAAAAAGACAGAAUUCAUGUUUGCCCCCAAGAAUACUUCUAGUGGAUGUCACUCUAGUUACUUCCUAUCACAUUCUUGCAAGUUUUGCAGAACCAUCAUUAGACACUUUCAUGUACUGAAUUAAGACCCUAACACUCUAUAUAGAAUUGUAUUGUGUUGUGCAUCUUUAGGGAAAUGCUGAGUGACGAUUGCUGGGAAAAUGCAGUAGGCUUCCUAAUCCCUCUUUAUAGAGAUAAUAUAAUGAUAAUCUCAGCAAUUGCCAGAUUAAGACUUACUCGGCAAGGGAAAGAAAGUGAUUCUGCUAUAUUUUGCUUUAUGUAAUAAGUCUAGUAGGAGUACAUUUAAGCAAUAAAUACUGGUUUGUAUUUCUAACAUUAAAAUGCUCCUCUGCGAUAAUGUAGUAUUUUGAGAGCAAGUCACUCACUGAGAAGCUUGACACGUGGGAAAAACUUUCCAGCAAGAGGCAUAGGUUUUUGGUCAGCUGCUUUGCACAGAAUUCAAUUGUCCCUUCUACUUUGCUGUUGCAAAAUAUAUGAUUUUUGAAUUAAUUUUAGAUGAAAAUAUGAUUUUUUGAAUUAAUUAAAUAAAAUAUAUAUCUUCAAUUGCAAGAACACAUCAGUUGCAGAGAGGUAUGCCAUUAAAUGUUACAUUAAUAAAUAAACCAUAAUGAAUUAUUAUGUAAAAUUUAUAUUAAUCUUUUGUUUAGCCUGAAACCUUUCAUUCUCUCUUUUUUUUUACAGUGAAAAACUAUGCAACGCAUUGUAUUGCACUAUUUAUAGUUUUUUUCUUUUUGAGUGGUGCAAUGUAUUUCUUGUACUUCCAUUACCAAGUUGAUGCUGUUCUUUUAUAUCGGAAGAUAUUUGCAAAAAGCAGAUCACGAGAAGGUAAGCUUCUAAAAAAUCCUAAAAGCACUGAUCCCUCCCCCAAGAUUAUUAUAAACACUAGGUACUUAGUUAGUUAGGUACAAAUAAAUUAUUUUUAACUGUAUUUAAAAAAAACAAAACAAAAGACAGUUUUAUAUGCAAAAUGUAGGACAAAUUAGCUGUAAAAAAACAGCUGGCUGGAUCAUUUUUCCAAUUUGGCUAUUUUGACAUAAAGUUUACACUACAUAAUUCUACAAUUUUUGGAAUAGUAAAUAAACCUCAUAAUAAUUUGCUGAUACUCAAAAUGGCAAUGUGUGUGAAACAUUUCACAUAUUGUGUUGCUCCUAUUUACUUAAAGGUUGUGUAUGAUCUUAUGGUGGAGUUUUAUCCUGAAAGAAAUUUUGCAGUAAAAGAGCACUCUUUAUUUCAUCAAAGAACAAAAUUGAUGUGAAUCAAAAUUGUGGUCUAGUAUUCACUGUCCAGAUCAUCAAAGUUAACUAAAUACAAUUAGAUAAUUAGAAUGAAUCUUACGUAUUACGUUAACUGUUCUCACGGAAUACCCAAGAGUCUCAAUAGUCCUGGUUUUGGUGGGACAGUCCCGAUCACAGGUCCUGUCCAUUUGUUCACUUUAGUACCCUUGUGUCCUGUAUCUGGGGACACCAGGAACUGUAAGGAUUGUCAAGGUUGGCUAAAAUUAGUUUUAAGACCCCUACUCCAUAUAUUUGGCUUGUUUACUUAAUUGCUUUUAUUCACCUAUAUGCACAUCUCUCUGUGAUUUCUGUACCUCCCUUAAUUUAUUGAUUCCAACCCAUAUUUCUUUGCAUGACUAACCCUCACCUUAACUGUGCAUAGAUGAAUCUCCCCAUUCCAUAGCUUUAUUGUAGGCCUAUUUUACCCUAUUAUCUCUCUCCCACGGAGUUAAAACAUACCCUGCCUCAUUUCAGAACAGAACUCAGAUGCCCUCCCACCCUGCCUCUCAUCCACCCAACCCUAGCUCAUCUACUAAGUUAUAGAUAGUCGGCCACACAACUUUAAUUCUGCAGAAAUUACAGUUGAAAACACUAAUCAGCACAAUACUGCAUUUUCUUAACCCCUUACAAUAUAUGCCAACUACUCCUACUUUUAUAUUUCAAAUCAAUGUUUUAUCAAUCUUACCGCCACUUCUCUCAACCACCCAGCAGCCUCCACAUUUCAUCCCCUCUGCUACACCUCACCCUUCUCUCAUCUCAUGCCCUGCCCCCAUUUCUAUAUUCUCUCUCUCCAACUUUCAAAAUAAAUAUGGACCUCUCGCCUGUUAUUUUCAAGUGUGUGCACUGUGUAAUGCCCUCCUGCUUCUAGCAGCCAGGGCCCUUCACCUCCUCUGUGCACACUAAGCCUACCAGAAACCACAUAAAUCUCAUCUCAGUACCUUGUAAAUUCUCCUCAUCUCAUAUUCAGUUUGCACUGUGGAACGCUAUGUCUGCUGCAAUCUGAAAUUGACAACAAUACACAACCUCUGCAUUUCAAAAUUGGUCACCUUACUAGCACUCACUGAGAACUGGCUGGCCCUGUCUGAUAGCACUACUCCAGGUUUCUUUAUGUUUUGGUGGGCUACAAUUCUCCCACUCACAGACUUAACGACUGUAAAUGAUGUGGUGUAAGCAUUAUUCUCUCCCCCCAAUAAAUCUUUCAACCAAUCUUGCUUGCCCCUGCCUUUUCUUUUCCUUCCUUUGAAGUUCACACUGUCUGCUUAUUUUAACCCACUCCUUUAAGAACUACCAUAAUUUAUUGCCUCAUCCUGGUCAUCCUAGCAUAUAUACUGAACACUUUUCUAUAUGGCUACCCUACCUCCCCUCCUCUAGCACGCCUGCUUUUAUCCCUGGGGACUUUAAUAUCCCAAUCAACAACCUUAACAGCUCUGAUGCCUCUAUGUAACCUCCUUCUUCGGUAAUGUUCUAAUUCUAUAAGAGUGGGAAACUCUUGAUCUCAUUUUCACUCUGUAACACCUCUAAUCUCUCAAAUUUUCACUUUACUCCGUCUGAGCAACAUCUGCUGAACUUUGACAAUGGAAUAGCCUGUACCCUUGUCACACCACCCUCGGUACAUCAAUAUCGUAGAAACCUCCAAUGUCUUAAGUACAGCAAUUCUCCAACAACAUCCGGACUCUACAUUUACCCAUAUCAAACAUCAUCUGUAGUAGCUCUACAACCUCCCUCUACAACUCCACCCACUCCUCUGAAGUAAAUAUCAUGGCACCUCCUUUAUUUAAACAUUGUAAGCUACCCUGGCUACAACCCUGGCUCAUUAAGCUGACCUACUACCUCCACAAACGCUCCAGAACUGCUGAAACCUGCUGGAGAAAGUCUCAUUUUAUGUCUAACUUCCUCCACUAUAUAUUCACGCUAAGCUCCGACAGUUUGGUUCUUUCCUCCGCAAAAGAAAACUACUUCAACAUCCUAAUAUUCAUGCACUUCCCAGAAUCCAUAUGCCUCUUUUACAGCGUUAACUCUCUUUUCCACCCUGUUGUAGCUCCUUGUCCUGAUAACGUGACCGCUAUAAACUUCGUAAGGCACUUCGCAAGAUUUCAAUGAUCACGAAAGAGAUAUCUAAUCUCUCUCCUACCCCUGCCAAAAAUCUUCCCAACUUCGUACCCUCUUUUGUUUUAUCUUCACUCGCACCUGCAACACUAGCAGAGGUUUCUGCUCUGCUUUGGUCCUCCAGCCUAUUCCCUCACAUUUAAUAUAUGCUCUGUCUCCUUCUCUUGCUCUGCCCCUCACUACAAUCUCAAUUUCUCUCUUUUCUCUGGCAUAUUUCCUUCAGCCUUCGAGCAUGCAAUUAUCACCCCAAAUCUAAAAAUCUAACUCCCCAUCCAAUUACAGCCCUAUCUUGCUACUACCAUUUGACUCCAAGAUCUUCGAGAGAGUUGUGUACACUAGAUUGAUCACUAGAUUGAUCAAAUUACUUACAUCCAAUUCUCUGCUCGACCGCUUCAGAACAGAUUCCAUACUUAUUACUCUGUUGAAACUGCCCUGACCAAAGUAUCCAAUGAUUUAAUUGUUCCUUAAUUGCUUAAUCCAGACAGUGCUACUAUUUAAUUCCCCUUGACCUUUCUGCUGCUUUCCUGGUUCUCCUCCUAACUCUUCCAAUGCUCUUUCAGUGUCUCUUUUUCUGGCUCUUCCACUCCUCCACAACCUCUCUCUGUCCCUGGUCCCCUACUGCGUCCCUUAGUAAACUCUUGGUAAAGCUUUUUUGUCUUCCAAUCUCAUUUAUAUGCAGAUGACAAGCCAAUCUACCUGUCCUCUCCUGAUUUCUCGCCAUCGUUCUUGAAUUAUCCCUCUGACUGCGUCACUGCUAUUUCCAACUGGAUGAUUGCUUAUUUUUUUAAACUUAACCUGUCCAAACAAAACUUCUUGCCUUUCUUCCCUCAAGUAUUGCUGCUCCUGUGUCUGUCUCCCUCCAAGUCAAUGGCUGUGUCUGUCACCCUCCAAGUCAAGUCAGCUCUACCUCGCAGGCUUGCUGCCUAGGUGUUCUCUUUGACUUUGACCUCUCCUUCACCUCUCAAAUCCAGUCACUUGCCAAAUCCUGCUGCUGCUAUUUUAAAACAUAGCUUGCAUAUGCUCAUAUCUGUCACCAAAUGCGGCCAGGGUGCUUGUCCAUGCCGCUAUCAUCUUUCACUACUGCAAUCCGCUUCUCAGUGGUCGUAGGCAUUGCCAGCUGGUUGGCUGGUCUUGCCAAGUCUACAAUAAAUGUGGUGGCAAGGCUCUUCUUCCUGUCUGCCCGCACCUCCCAUGCUUUCCCCUCUGCCAAUCCUUACACUGGCUCAAUUUAAAAUUCUGGUGCUUGCUUACAAAUCUCUACAUAAACCUGCUCCUUCCUACUUGUCCUCACUGAUACACAAAUAUGCACUGUACAGGCCCAUAUGCUCUGCUGAAGAUCUGCAUCUAUUCUCUGUUCAUACUUGCACCUCUGAUGCCAUCUUGCCUAUGGAACUCCCUUCUCUGCUCUGUUAAACUCUCACCCAGACUUAGUACCAGAUCAUUAAAAACUCACUUCUUUAAGAAAGCAUAUCAGUUAAACUGUUGAUAGCUUUCCCUCAACGCACCUUAGUAAUCCAGCCUGCAUCCUCCCCUGCAACUGUGACUGUGACAUCCACAAACUAACCCUUCACUGUAAAGUACUCCAGUAACCUACUUUUUACCGUACAUAUAUCCUACCCUUACAACAUUUGCCACUUUAUCCCACUACCUCUAGAAUGUAAGCUUGUUUGAGCAGGGCCCGCAACACCCUCUGUUCCUGUGCAUCCAGUUACAGAAUUUGUUGGCACUUUAUAAAUAAUAAUAAUAAUAAUAUCCCUAUGUUGAAUUCAGAUGGAUCAGAAGAAAGCUGAUUACAAAUAAUCAUGUUCACCAUCUAUAUGAAAUAGAAGAGAAAGAUAGCCAUCCUUUCUUUUAGCUUGUCAUAUUUAUAUUUGUUUACACUCUUAUUACAACAUUUUACUACUUACCUGGGGUCUUCUAUACGUCACCUCUUCCAGGAGAGCUUGCAGCUCUUUUAACUGAGCUAGCCUGGUGGUGCAGGGUUUAACUCGUUGGCAGAGAGCAAGGCUUAGUUAAGGGGAGCUAACAGAAGUAAUGUGCAGGAGGUUAUGGCUGUCCUGGAAGCGAUGAUUAGUGCCUGGCAGACCAUAGGAAAGCUUGAAAUCCAUUGACAAAUGAUUUGACUACUUAUGCCAGCAGGGUGCCAGGAAAUUCCUGGCACUGUAAGCACUACAUAACUCUGUAGUUGUUAUGGGUUCUGGAGUGUUUCUAUACUAUGAAGCGCUUUAAGAAAUGCUGAUAUAAUUAGGGUCUCUUCCUCAGUGGUCUGUCCCAUUUCGGCCAAAUUAAAAUUUUUACACUUACAUUAGCUUGUUGGGAUGUAAUUCCAAGACUAACAAAUAACCACAGUUCAUAACCACACAUUUCAUAUGCCAAUAUUAUCUAUGUAUGCAAUAAAUGCUUGAUUUUUGGAAAAGCAUAAACUAUGGGUAUUUUUUCAUAUAAUUAGUACUAAUUAGUAUAUGACUUGCAGAUGGAAAAACAUAUGAUGCAUACGUGAUCUAUCCAACGCAUUGUCAAUCCAAGCAUGAAGAAACUGAAUAUUUUGUUAACCAUAUUUUAAUUGAUGUUUUGGAAAAUAAAUGUGGAUACACGUUAUAUGUUCCAGGAAGGAACAAUGUGCCUGGUGAAGGUAAGGAUGCAUAGAAAUAUGCAUACCAUGGAAAUAUUUCUUGCAUUAUGAGUUUAAAUUAUGCAUAAAUAUACAGGUUUUUAGAUUACUCCUUUUGUUAACGAUUGUAGUGAUAACAAUUCUGAAUUUCAAACUGGGCACCAGUCCAGACAAAGUAAAAUAUAGUCGAAUAGUUAGGAGUGCUUCAGUAUGUUUUAUUUCAGUUGCUUGAAUAUAAUAUUAAAUGUUGCUAUGAGUUAUUAUAUACUACAUAUGGCAGAGGCGUAACUGGAAACCACCGGGCCCAGGUGCAAAAAUUGCCCUGCUCCCCGACCGCCAAUGUGUCUCAUUCUCUCCUCUCAAGACCCUCCAUAUGCAUCAUUUCUUCCACCCAGCUCCUUCAUGAGUUUCAUUCCCCAUGCUGCCCCCAUGUGUCUUAUUUCAUCCCCAGCCUCUCUAUGGGUUUCAUUCAACUCCCAGCCCCUCCAUGUGUCUCAUUCCACCCCAUGCCCCUCCAUGUGUCUCAUUCAUGCCACAAGCCCCUCCAUGUGUCUCAUUUGCCCCCCAGCCCCUCCAUGUGUCUUUCCCCCCUAAGGUUCUUAUUAUUUCCCCCCCAAUCACCUCCAUGUGUUUCAUCCCCCCACACGUGUCUCAUUCCCUCCAAACAUCCCCUUCAGGUGUUAAAAUCCCCCCCAAGUCCCAUUUCCCCCCAAGGCUUUUCACAUGCAUCACCCCCCUCCAGUCUCACACACUCCAUGUGUGUCACCUCCCAAUGCACCCCUCCGCCUUGUGUCCCAUUCCCUCCCAAGCCCCUGCAUGUGUCUCAGCCCUUGCCCCCAAGCUAGAGCCAUGUGUCCCCCCCCCUUUGUACCUGCUCACCACAAGCGGUACCACCGAUCAGACAGGAAGUGGUCGCUCAAUGAGCACUUCCUAUCAGACCGUCGGCUGCGCUACACACAGGGCAGGAGAGGAGCAACACAGCACAGUGCUCCCCUCCUGCCGUUCACCAUAGGAUUGUGCGCCGCGGGCCGGUGUGGCAGGGCAACUGUCCAGAAGGUUUGCAGGUGGCCCAGGGUCGCAGGUGUUACAGCGGCAGCCGCGCCCCCUGAAGUAAGUAGUUAUGCCACUGACCCAUGGACAUAAGCUGUAAUCUCCAAAUAAUGUAAAAUUGUAAAAUGUAUUUUAAAUGUUUUCUAUGGUUUUCAUGUCCAUAGAUAUUGCAAGUUGUGCAGCGACAAACAUAGAGAAAAGUAGAAGGCUUAUCAUCAUUCUAUCGACUGAAAUGGAAAAUAUAGAAACAUUGUACGAGCAGCGGAUUGGUCUUCAUAAUGCCCUGAUAAAGAAUAAUGUAAAAGUUAUUAUUAUAACAAUGGGCAAUAUAAUAGAUCACACACAAAUGCAAGAAUCUCUCCGACAUGUUGUGAGACAAAAAGGAACUAUUAAAUGGGACACCUCCAAUAAAAACCUGACACCAAACUGCAAAUUCUGGAAGCUCGUGAGGUAUCACAUGCCGUGAUGAAAAUGCAUUAUUUUUCUUUCAAGAAUAUCAACAUUGAUUUUCUCUUUUUCCUCUAGAAAUUAAAAAUCCAGCCAAUAUACUUACUUUGCAAAUGUAAUACUGCC